UUGAACCAGUGUCAACAAACAACAACAAUAUUUUAGUCCUAGCAGCAUCGCCUUGGCAACCUAAUUUCGAAGAUCCCGAAUACUGGCGAAUAAAACGGAGGAGACAGAGAAACUAAGUGUAUCAACAUCAAAAACAAUUACAUUUUCUUCUUUUCUUCUUUUUUUUGUCGUCACAUUUGACUCCUUAGAGGGUUAGAGGAUACAUUGGUGCUCGGCUGUAGCCCGGGUGCGGCUAACUAAGGCUAACCGAGGCUAACCUUUCAGGGAGCUUCCUCACAGGAGAAAAAGACGAUUUCAACGACGACCUCCUGCUGCAAACUCGGUGUUGGAGCAGCCGCCUCCCCGUCAGGAGGAGGUAUCGUUAGUCACUGGGGUGUUGGAGGUAUGACUGCGUUGGCGGGGUCAAUACCCAGGAUGAUGCGACCCACGCUAGCUCAGAACUACCCCCGCAGUGGCUUCCCACUGGAAGUGUCUACCCCGUUGGGUCAAGGCCGUGUGAACCAACUCGGAGGAGUUUUCAUUAAUGGCAGACCUUUGCCCAACCACAUCCGACAUAAAAUCGUGGAGAUGGCCCACCACGGCAUAAGGCCGUGUGUCAUCUCCCGACAGCUCCGGGUCUCCCACGGCUGCGUGUCCAAAAUCCUGUGCCGGUACCAAGAGACGGGCUCCAUCAGACCCGGGGCCAUCGGUGGCAGCAAACCCAAGCAGGGAACAACGCCGGACGUAGAGAAGAGAAUAGAAGAAUACAAGCGGGAAAACCCGGGUAUGUUUAGCUGGGAGAUUCGGGAUAAAUUACUGAAGGAUGGGAUAUGUGACCGCAACAACGUUCCUUCAGUGAGCUCCAUCAGUCGCACCAUGCGGAGUAAGUUCGGGGGGAAAGGCGAUGAAGAGGAGGAUGAAGAGGAAAUCGAGAGGAAAGAGUUGGAGGAGAACGACCGGAGGGCCAAACACAGCAUUGAAGGCAUUUUGGGAGACAGAUCGAGUCACUCAGAUGAGGGUUCAGAUGUUGAGUCUGAGCCUGAUCUGCCGCUAAAGAGGAAGCAGCGGCGCAGUAGGACCACCUUCACGGCAGAGCAGCUGGAGGAGCUGGAGAGGGCCUUCGAGAGAACCCACUACCCUGACAUCUACACCAGGGAGGAGCUCGCCCAGAGGGCCAAACUCACCGAGGCCAGGGUCCAGGUUUGGUUCAGCAACAGGCGGGCGAGGUGGAGGAAGCAAGCAGGAGCCAGUCAACUGAUGGCAUUUAAUCACCUGAUCCCAGGGGGUUUCCCACCUUCAGCAAUGUCCAGCAUCUCCCCCUACCAGCUCUCUGACAGCCCCUACCCCCCCUCAUCUAUAGCACAAGUGUCAGAGCCCCCCAGCACAGUGCAUCGGCCCCAGCCUCUCCCUCCCUCCUCGGGCCACCAAGCCACCGGCGGUGGAGGGCAGGUAGAAGGAGGCUCAGCCUACUGCCUCGCCUCCGGACGCCACUCCUUCUCGGGCUACUCGGACAGCUUUGGAGGACCGACCAAUCCCAUGAACCCUACCAUAGGAAAUGGACUCUCUCCACAGUAUGAAGUCUGCUUGAGCAAACAAAUGGAAGAGGACACAUCCAUUGUCUUCUGCUCAUUUGGCUCUAACGUAAGUCCUCCUUUCGUUAGAGCCACUCACAGUGCUCUGACAGUUUACAAAACUAAUUUAACUCUCUUCUUCAUUCAUUCGUUCUUUCCUUCCAAGCAGGUGAUGGGUCUGCUGAACCCUGGCGGUGUGCCACAUCAGCCCCAAGGUGACUAUGCCAUCUCCCCUCUGACGGGCGGCCUUGAGCCCCCUGCUGGCAUGGCUGCCAGUUGCAGCCAACGCAUGGAUCACAUCAAGGGCCUGGAGGGUCUCACCAGCGUUCCCUCCAUGUCAGCCCUGCCCUCCCUGCCUAGCUCCCAGUCCUACUGCCCCCCCUCCUACAGCUCACCGGGCUACACCGUCGACCACAUGGCGUCCUACCAGUACGGCCAGUACGGACAAAGUAAGGUGCCCUUUCUUAUCUGAGGCCUGAAAUCACCUGAUCAAGAGCUUCGGACUUCUCUGAGGGACAUUUGUGUGUACAGUGAUGGAAAUCUUGUAAUAUCCGGACCAAAAUUUAUUUUGCUACCAUUUACCAGGACACAUUCUCUACUGCAGGACAUUUUAUUAUUAAUUGUUGUUGGAGAAAUUGACAAAAUAAAAGAAGGGACCACAAGAAGGAAUAUCAGACCAAAAACUGUUGAUUUACUGUGAACAUCACACAUGCAUCAGAUGAACGGCAGCGAUGUCAGCGCUUAAUGAGGUUGGUGCAGUGGACCAUCUACAGUGCCAUGACGCGGCACUUUCCACAGGAAACUCUAGUGACCAAACAACAUUCGUGGACUCUGACCGUGGGGUCUUUGUGAGGACAGCAAACCCAAAUCUCUUCGUCAUAAUCUACCAGCCUUUGAGGCAAUGCUUGAAGAAACAUGUUUACAUAUCUUAAGGCCACAUGAGUACAUAUGAAAUUCCAUGUAUCCCCCUAAUUAAUCCCCAAAUUGUAUCUGCAGAAAGGGGAAAAAGAAAAGGGUUUUGUUGAUUUUUUUUUGCAUUUAUUUGAGAUCUCUGCAUCCCACACAUGGAGAGAAAUUCCAGAGACAGAGAAAACAAACGUGAGGAAACAAAUCUGGGGGUUUUAUUGUAUCAGAAACUCUAAUGUACACCACAGCUGUACUGCAGUGAAAGUUCAUUCAAACAUUCCUCCUACCUCCUCCUAUCUCCCCCCCCUUCCUCUUGCCUUUCUGUCUCAUUGAUGUUUCGGACGGUGAGGCAGGGAUCCUGGCCUUUUGUAGUUUUAGAGAGGAACUCUGAGGAGGUCAGGGGGUGACUUUAGGGAAAGUGACAGAUGAGAGAGCAGUAGAGGAGGGUGGCGGAGAAGUGGCUUUAAAGGAAGGAAGGGGUGGGGGGGGGAUAGGCAAGAUCGAUCACAGGGUUAAAAACCCUUUAAAGAUCCUCUCCCGGCGAGAAAAAGCCACCAGGUCACAAGUCACGACCAAGAAACACUUGAGAAACCGAGAGAGUUUAGACUAAAGACAGCCAUUCUCCCAUCUGACCAGAAGUGCAAUAUCAUAUAUCUUAGACUCGACCUCACUCAUGAAAACAAUAACGAAACAAAACAAUCUAACGUGCCUCUAAAAGUCUUACGAAAGAGUUUGGAUUCAUUCUCUGGAUCUAGUUUGGGACUUUGCAAAGGAACAACACAUGUGCCUUUGAAGGCUUUUGGGUCCAAAACUAAUUUGAAACAUGGUUAAUAUUGCUGGAACGGCUCACUGAGGACCACAUUUAGAAGGACCUAACUCAGUGUAGUGUCAUGAGGAAAAGAACAAAUCAAGGGAAUGCCAAUGUAAACAGAAAAUUACCAGGAAUGACAAAGCCAAAACUGUACUUUAUUUCUUUUUGUGUUGCUUGGGACCUCUUCUUGUUUCUAUUGUGCAUACUCAUGAACAUAUUGAUUAGGUUUUUAACGCAUUCCAGACAUAUUUAUUGUCUCAAAUGUUCUGUAUGUCAACAGUGUCGUGGUAAAACUUCCCACAAUGUACAAGUGAGUGGCAAUACUUUAUCCAUCAAACUACGGUUCAGAAUAACAGAAUGCCUUCAUAAGCACUCUUUUUUUGUAAAUCUGUCGAUGUUAGAAUGAACCAGUCCUGUUAUUUCCUUUGAUAUAUUUUUUUGUAUUAUUUGACAAAGCGAUAUGACAUAAUGUCAUGUGUACAAGCGCAU